CUCAAUAUUUAGCUAAAAAUUCAAUAUGCGGAUCUCACAGUCCUUCUCUCAGUCAUGUCGGCGAUGAAGAUAAGUUGUUUGAAGAAGAUCCUUCUCUGAAAUGUCAGAAACAUAUCAAAGUGCCAAUAGGAGCAUAUUCUCCUCUAGAGAUGGAUUAUUUUGAGGGUGGUAAACUUAAAAGAGUAUUGAAUGAAGGGUUUGAGGUAAAGUAUAAUGUGAAUGAAGAAUGUUUAAGGUGCUUGGGAAGUGAAGGAGGAGAUUGUUUGAUUGAUUCUAUUGAUAAACAUGUUGAGUUAUGCUAUCAUGAUGAUUUAACUGAUGCAUCUAUUGCUUCACCCACAGUUCUUUCUUCUGAUGACAAAACUCCAUGGAAUUGGAAGAAGAAACUCGUUAUUGGUGUUGUUUCUUCUGUGUUAGGAUCAUUUGCAGUGGUCAAUGCUAUAUAUAUUUUCUAUAGGCACCGAAAGAAUAAAAGUUUUGCAAACUCAAAUGUAAAUUCUCGCAGCUUCGCUUCUGAUUUCUUUUCAAAAGAUCUCGAGAGGGGAAGUCAAAACAUUGGAGUGCAACAUUUCACUUAUAGUGAGCUUGAAGAAGCCACAAACUACUUUGAUCCAUCCAAAGGAUUAGGAAAAGGGGGCUUUGGAACAGUCUAUUUCGGAAAACUGCAUGAUGGUCGAAGUGUUGCUGUGAAGAGAUUAUAUAUGAAAAAUUAUAAAAGAGUACUUGAGCAAUUCAUGAAUGAAGUUCACAUCCUUGCUCGAUUAGUCCACCGAAAUCUUGUGUCGCUAUAUGGAUGUACUUCACGCCACAGCCGCGUACUUAUUCUUGCUUACGAGUAUGUUUCUAACGGAACUGUAGCUGAUCAUCUUAAUGGUAAUCAAGCAAAACAUGGAAAACUUUCUUGGCAUAUUAGAAUGAAUAUUGCUGUGGAGACGGCAAGUGCAUUGAAAUAUCUCCAUGUUUCUGACAUCAUUCAUAGAGAUAUAAAAACCAACAAUAUUCUUCUUGACACUCAUUUUCAUGUCAAAGUAGCAGAUUUUGGACUCUCGCGCCUUUUUCCAAUUGAUCAUAGUCAUGUUUCAACAGCUCCACAAGGGACUCCAGGUUACUUAGACCCUGAGUAUUAUGCACACUCCCACCUUACUCAUAAAAGUGAUGUCUACAGCUUCGGAGUAGUGAUGAUCGAGUUGAUAUCAUCUUUGCCUGCUGUUGAUAUGACAAGGCCUAGGGAUGAUAUCAAUCUGUCCACCAUGGCUAUGAACAAAAUUCAAAAUCAAGCUUUGCACGAACUUGUGGAUCCUUCCCUCGGUUUUGACACAGAUUUGAAGGUAAAUGAAAUGAUAAAUGCCGUGGCCGAGUUAGCAUUUCGGUGUCUUCAAAUUUCCAAAGAUAUGAGACCGCGCAUGGAUGAAGUGUUUAAAACUUUACAAGAUAUUCAGGGUGCUGGUGCGAAUGAAAGCCAAUGUGAAGCAGCGAACAUUUCAAACUCUCAUGACGACAUUGUGUUGUGCAAUUAUGAUCCACGCCCGCUAUCACCUGAUCCAAAUGAUGUGAAAUACAGCACCAAGUGCUAGUGGAUAGAGUGUUAGAAUUUUGAUAUAGUAAUUAAACUCUAGUUUAGCUAACGGUAUAAAGAAAAGCAGUUAAGCAGAACAAAUAAGGGUAAAUUUUUUAAUUGAAAAUCCACUGUGCUUGAUACUUGCCCUUCAAAGUUUGUAUUAAUUCUUUACAAUAAAGGUGUGUUUUGCAUCAAU